CUUCUAACAAUUCAAAAGUUAUAGUCUGAAAAGAAGCUGUUCUAAACUUAAUAAGGGGGAUUUCUUUUGUAAUUUUAACCUUUGAACGGAAAGAUGCUGACCUUGAUACUGGUGAGUGUAUUUGUGACUGUGAUACAGUUAUCUACAACAUCCCCGUUGCCGUCCAGUGAUCUUCGAUGGAACAUGCCGUGUGCCCGAGGUGGAAAAAAGGCAGAUAACGUGCCGAAAGCUGUCACAAUAUCGAACGAAACAUUGGCUAACCUAGAGGAAGCGCUUAAUGUAUUUUUGGACCACACUAUCCAGAUAUCUAAUCAGGCGCACAGCAUCAAGAAAAGAUGGUUGAAUAAUAGAUACCACGACAAUGUUGAAAUUUUCAACUUCGUACUGAAAUCCGUUAAAUCACCGACGUCGCUGCCGAGUCUGAUCUAUUACGAGAACGGACGACCAGUGGUCAAUGAAUCGGGCAUUUGCAAUGGUUCUUGCAUAACCUUUUUGAGAAAUGUGUCGGAAUCUCUCCGAAAAGAGACGAUGCACUUGGAGAUCAUACGGGAACACGAACAUGCCGAAUAUUUGACACACAAACAAACUGCAGAUAUCACGGAUACUCAUCUGUUAGAAAAUCUCGAGAAUCUCAUGUACGACAUAGUCUGUGAAAUAAACGAAUUCAUAAAUGAAACAGAAGAUGGUCUAGUAAAAUUUUACCAAACAGAAACCCCUUCCGGUUGGAAGAGUUAUCCGAAUAAAAGUGAAAGGUACGCCAGAGACCUGGUGUUAAUUCAUCAUGUUCACAGUCUAGUUAACAGUGUUAAGGACUCAUUUUCUCAUGUUAUGGCAGAGAGGUUCAGAUCUUUGGGAAACCCAGGGUCAUUGAACUAAUGUUUUUGCUUUGAUGACACCAGCGUGAUCACACAAAUGUUGGUGCUAGCCUGAUGCAAACUGUGAUGUUUUCGAAAUAUUAUUUAGACAUUUACUUUUUGUUUUAUUAUAUGGACUACCUUACAUGUAUGUAUGUUUGCUGUGAGGGAAGGUUAGAUGCUAUAAGGAAAUAAUCAAAGCGAUGUUUAUUGAAGACUGAAAUGUGUAGACUAUCAGUCACGAUGUAAGAUCUAUUUUUUUUAAAUUUGAGACAUCUUUUGGGAUCGUCAUAAUAUUCUUUAGUUUUGAAUCUUGGUUUUGUUUACUGACUCCAAAUAGCCUAUACUGAUAUUUUCUCAUACAUGCACAUGCCAAUUGUACACGAAGGUAUUUUUUACUAGGUUAAGUAAGGGUUAAAGGUAUAUUAUCCAAAUUUAUCCCCCACAUUGGGAUUUUCAAGCUUGAGUGGUACAUACUUUUAACGUUGUAUUAUUGUGAUAUGUUAUUACAGGGUAAAUUUAUACACUUUGUUAAAAUUUGUUGACCGUUAUUCGGUAGGCUACUUAUUCCUAUUUGUUGUUGAGCUGUUUUAUUGAUUAUAUACUAAUUUAUUCUUUUAGAUUUUAUGGAAAAUAAAAAGUUCACCUCAUGUUA